ACUGCGUGGCCUGCAACACGUUGCAUUCGAUACGUGGCAUUGCUCCGUGCUUAUAUAUAUUAACGUUAGUUCUCCCGUGACCCAACAGAUGGCGUUUAACGUUCGCCCGUGACAGUUUGUUUACUUCCGACGUUCCCCAGAAACGCAGUGGAUUCUUAACGAUUUACGACAACAACUAAAGUGAUAUUUCACCACAGAAGGACAAAAACUAAAGUGAUAUAUCACCACAGAAGUGUAGCCGAUGGUCGAGAGUGAUAACUAGUGGUAGAAGUAGACGGAGGAACAUAUAUAGAUACGAGAACACACUCAUCUGAUCUCACGGCUCGGAACUGUGAACGAAACAGACGCUAUCGACUGUUUUUGCUGAACAGAUUCAAAUCAUUCAAGUUGCUUCCUAGUGCAUAAUGGGUGCCAUCCUGAGCAGCAUUCUGUCGCUAUUUAAGGGUCCUGAUCCCUACAGGAUAGUGAUGGUCGGCCUCGACGGCGUCGGGAAGACGACGAUCCUGUACAGUCUCAAACUGGGCAAAGUUGUUCAGACCAUCCCAACGAUUGGGUUUAACGUGGAGACGGUGGAGAUCAAGAACAUAAGUUUCACAGUGUGGGACCUUCCCUCUCAUAACAAGAUGCGUGCCGCCCUGUGGAGUCAUUGUUUUCCAGGAACUUCUGCCGUCAUCUUCGUUGUAGACAGCACAGACACGGAGGGGUUACCGGAGGCACGUGUUGCCUUACACCACGUGUUGGAUGAACCAGAGCUGGAUAACUGCCCUCUGCUCAUAAUGGCCAACAAGCAAGAUCUACCAGAGGCUGUCUCGCCAUCUUCCAUCACAGAGGCCCUUCAACUCGAACGCCUGAAACGCCCUUGGUUCAUCCAGGGCACCAGUGCCUUAGAAUCGACGGGCAUCUGCGAGGCUCUAGACUGGCUGGCCAAGGCGGUCACAGAGUGAGAAGGAUUCGGCUGAGUUGUCAAAGGAUUGGUCUUGAUUCGUUCCAGAGGCCUGUACAUUUCCAGUACAGAGAUCUGUACUGUCCCAGUACAGAGAUCUGUACUGUCCCAGUACAGAGAUCUGCAUUGUCCCAGUACAGAGAUCUGUACUUUCCCAGUACAGACAUCUGUACUGUCCCAGUACAGAGAUCUGUACUGUUCCAGUACAGAGAUCCUGUGCUGGCAAAACAGGCAACUCUGUACAAUGUUAUCAGCUGAUCUGAUACAAUACAGUGUUUUGGCUUAUAUAAAUAGGUGCUUGAAUCAAUGUACACUGAGAAGGUGGACCUACAGACAGUUUAAAUGACAGAAUUGCGAAGAAAAGGGUUCUGAGGAUUAAAUGUCGAGGGUAAUCUUUUGAGAGCGAUGAAGACUUCAAUGUAAGCGCCUCAGUGGCGUGGUCGGUUUGGUCUUAGACUACCACCUCGGUGGCCGCGAGUUCGAUUCUCGGGCAUUCCAUUGAGUCGUCAGAGAUGUGUACUUCUGGUGAUAGAAGUUCACUCUCGACGUGGUUCGGAAGUCACGUCAAGCCGUUGGUCCCGUUGCUGAAUAACCACUGGUUCCAUGCAACGUAAAAAUACCAUACAAACAAACAAACAAGACUUCAUUAUAGUAACAGCAAAACACAUAAUUGGGAUGUCUAGAUGGUCGACUGACUGGUUCAGCGUUAAACAUUUCUCAGAUAUGUGUAUAUGUGAUGAUUCCAAGAUUACUUUCCAUUUUUCACGCAUCUAAUACCGACGAAAGUUAUGGAACAGGUGGAUGCUGGUGUAAGUUUUUGUUAUAACGACCCGAGGAACUGCUCAUCAUAUUCCAGAAGAGUUGCUUGGUGACCAUGAGAAAAAACUGCAGUUACCGGUGAAAGAUUUUGAAUGUAUUUAAAGGAUGAGAGAGUUGGAAGAGAAUGUUAGUGAUUGUUUGUUCUUUUGUUACCAAUGAUUAGGUGUAUAUAUUUUGUUUUUUACUGUCACCUCAGCAUAUUGUAAAUUUUUACCAGUAAAUUCAUCAUAAAGAGGUUCGGAUUAAU